GAUUUAUUUAAACUUUCAGUGCCUGACAGUGAUGGAGGAAAAGCAGUGAUGCCUCAAAGUUUGAUCAAGGAAGAGCAUGUGUUAGCAGCACUUACAACAGACAGAGGAGUUUCUGCUCAGCUAAUAUCAUGGUCUUUACAGAAGUUCAUCGAAGCAGGAGAAAACGCUACCUCAUUCGUAAUUUGUGUUCAAGUGGAAUUUUCACAAAAUGGUAAAAAAGAAAGAACUAAUUAUAUAGCAAAGUUAAACCCGCUUAGAGGAGAAAACUGGACAGAUUUUAUGCGGAUGGCGUUUAAAAAAGAAAUAAGAUUUUAUAAUGAAAUUGAACCUGCCUUAACAUCCCAACUGAAAAAUGGAGGUCUUGAUGCACUGAAAAUUCCUCGGUGUUUCUUUGCUAGUUUGCAGCAAGAUAAGGAAAUUAUUCUCCAGGAAGAUCUACGGGCCCAAGGAUUCCAAAAAUACGAUCGUAGAAAGACUAUGGAUAUUUCCCAUGCAACAGUUGUCCUACAAGAAAUGGCUAGAUUCCAUGCUUCAUCAUUCCUGCUCCAGGCUGCAGAAUCACAAGAUUUUCAUCUUAAAUAUGACUACCUUUUCUUGCACUGGUCCAAUUACAAGCCUAAAUCAGGAGAGACUUAUCGCGUAGUCAUGGCUGAUAGUUUAGAUAACGCGAGAGUUUUAUUAGAAACAGUGGACGGAUACGGAAGAGCAGCUGAGUGGGUAGAGAGCAUUAAACCACGAGUCCUCAAUAUGUUUAAGGAGCACACAACCACAACACCGCCAUUCUCUUCAGUAUGUCACUUUGAUCUUGUCAACAACAAUUUUCUUUUCAGGUACGAUGAACCAGGUGACCCAGUAGAUGUACGGAUUUUGGACUUCCAGAUGUGUUAUGUAGCAUCUCUAGCCACUGACAUAGCUGAGUUCUUUUACACCUGCCUCAGUUCACACGACAGGAAGACUCAUCUGGAUCGUUUGCUCUUCAUUUACUUUGCCUCCUUUAGUAAUGUGCUAAAAGCCAGUGGGAAAGCUAUUCCCUUUACUUACAAGGAACUGCAGGACGAAUACAAAGCCAAGUUUCUUUAUGGAGUCGUUGCGGCCAUCUGUAAACUGCCGAUCAUUGUAGCAGAAGAGGAUGAGAUCCCGGACAUGGACAGUUACGUCGACCAAAAAACCUUCAGCAACACCCAACAAAGCAGUAUGAUAACAAUGAUUCAGAAAUACAACAAUUUUCAGCCCCGUUUCCUGUCUAUAUUCAAAGAAUUGAAUUUAACGUGAAGUGACAAAGAGAUCCCUCAAGAAAGGUUCCCUGAUGUUGGUGAAGAAUUCUUGACCAAAAGAAUUGAACCUGUCCUCUUCCUUGGAUUGAGAUUCACCGCUCCCUGCGAAAUAGUUUAUUCUUCAGAAAGAAUUACAGUGGACCCCCGCAUAACGAUGGCAUCGCAUAGCGAUUUUUCCGCAUAACGAUUACUUUUAUCGCAAAAUUUUUGCCGCGCAUACCAAUUAAAAACCCGCUUACCGAUUUUCGUCCGAGACGCGUCCAAUGUGCCCUCAGCCAGCCUCACAUGUGCCGCCCCGUCCCAUUGUUUACCAGCCAGCCUCCGCGGUAACAUCCAAGC